UGGAUCAAUCAGAGAUCGUCUUACGUCUACUUUAGGCGUUGUCUGUAUUAAAUUCUUGAAGAGUUUGUGAAUUGUUGACUGACUUUUUUCGUGGUAGAAGUAAUACCUGGAUUACGGCUAUAACAAACAAGCUUUCAACCUUUCAUGUGGAGGAUCACAAUGACCAACAUCACCUGUGGGAACAUAAACCAAAAUUUUACGCAUAUAUUCUUACCGACGGUGUACGUUUUGGUGUUUAUAACAGGUUUGCUUGCCAAUUAUUUUGGUUUAAAGUCAGUGUGGAGGAGCUGGAUGAAACUUGGGAACAUCAACAUUUUUGUACUAAACCUGGGAGUUGCAGACCUGUUAUAUGUAUUCACGUUGCCGUUCCUGGUCGUUUAUUACGCGAAGAGUAGCAAAUGGAUUUUUGGAUCUUUGUUUUGCAAAGUCACCAGAUUUGUAUUCAAUUUGAACUUGUACGGCAGUAUCGGGUUCCUCACUUGCAUUAGCAUUUACAGGUACCUUGGAAUUGUUCAUCCUCUGAAAGUUAUGGGACGAAUUAACACUCGUCUUUCCGUGGCAAUAAGUAUCCUUGUCUGGCUAUUGGUUAUCAUUCAAAUCCUUCCUGACAUGUUUUUUGAAAAGACCCCGAGGAAUUCGACGGACAGCUGUUAUGACACCACUUCAAAACAUCUAACCAGGGAUUACCUUCCAUACAGCGCAAGCUGGACAUUCACAGGAUUUUGCGUUCCUUUGCUCAUCAUCUUGGGGUGUUACGGACACGUUGCCGUGGUGCUGGCCUCGAACGAAAACGUCGAUGCGUUGCUGAAGCAGCGGUGCCUGAAACUCGUCGUUGUGCUCGUUGUGUUGUUUUCCGUUUGUUUCAUCCCUUAUCAUAUUUUGAGAAACCUUAAUCUCAUGACGCGGAUAAUGAAAUACGACGGAACUUGUGAGGAAAUAUUUAAGCACAUUUACGUCGCCUAUCAAGUAAGCCGCGGUCUGGCGUGCAUGAACAGUGCCAUUAACCCGCUAAUUUAUUUACUGGUCAGUGAUGACUUCCUCCCGCGCCUCAAUGUGAUCAGAAAUCGUAAACGUAAACCCCGUGAGCCUGACUUCAUCCCUAUGACUAUCAGAGAGAAUGUGAUCUAAGUGAAGCAUGACUAAUGUUGUACAGGCCCUACCUUUUGUAAAGCCGGCCACUUUCUGUAGAAAAUAGCAGUAUUGUUUUAUGGACUAUUUGCUUGAAAUUGAUUUGUUUGCCCAUGUAUGUAUGUUUUAUGUUUGCAAGAUAUAAUAUUUUUGUAUUUUGUUGAAGGACAGUAUCAAUAAUGAAAAAGGUGAAUUAGCACUUGUAGCCCACUAGCCAUGCUUGUUAUUGGCAUGUACUGUGAGCAACCACAGAAUGCACAGCUACCUCCAAUGACAGGAGGCCUGCAUGAAGUACCUUUUUUUUAGAAGUGAUUGGAAAUUGUUAGAAUUGUUGGAAAGGUAUAUAUUCAUAACAUAAUUAAAAACAAUUACAUCUGGUAAA